AUGGCUAAAGCAGCGAUUGGUCAGAUCUGCUCGAGCAACUCAAUGGCUCAUAACCUCGAGCAGUGCGUUAAGCUCGUGGGUCAAGCUGCAGCCGCCGGUGCUAAAGUCCUCUUCCUCCCCGAAGCAUCCGACUACAUCGGCACCUCAGCCGCAGAAUCGCUCUCCCUCGCCAAACCCAUCAGCAGCUCCCCCUUCGUCAACGGCUUGUGUUCCGCCGCCGCAGAGCACAACCUAGCAGUCCACGUCGGGAUCCACGUCCCCGUAGCCGUAAAGCCCACCACAGACACCAGCAACCCAGUCCUAAACAGCGUCCCGGAAUCCGAAGACGCCGACACCAUCGCCGCCACCUCUCCAUCCCCAUCCUCCCCACCCCCCUCAGACCAAGCCGCCAAACCCGACACCCCCUCACCAAAAAUAAAGCUCUACAACCGCACAAUCUACAUAACCCCAACCGGCACCCUCCUCGAAAACAGUUCCUACGACAAACUGCAUCUAUUCAACUACCCCAACGCCUCCCUCCGAGAAAGCACCACCACCCAAGCCGGCUCGCGCUUCACGCCCCCCUUCCCCUCCCCCAUCGGCCGUCUCGGGUCUCUAAUCUGCUUCGACCUACGCUUCCCCGAAGCAGCACUACACCUCACGACGCGCUCACACAUGACGCCCCCCUCAUACCCGCUCGCAAACCCCGUCCCCAACUCCCCCAACCCUCUAAACCCAAGCUCGUACCCCUCCCCGGCGCAAAUCCUGCUGUACCCCUCCGCGUUCACCGUAGCGACAGGAACAGCGCACUGGCUGCCACUUCUACGCGCGCGGGCGAUCGAGACGCAGUCAUACGUGAUUGCCGCCGCGCAAGUGGGGCUGCAUAACCCCGGGUCGUCGGGGCGGGUGAGUUAUGGGCGGAGCGCGGUGAUUGAUCCGUGGGGACGGGAGGUGUUGGUUAUGAAGGGGGUUAAAGGGGAGGAAGGGAAGGAGGAGGCGGAGGAGGGGGCGGUGGGGGAGUUGGGGGUUGUGGAGAUUGAUCUGAAGGAGUGGGAGAGGGUUAGGGAGGGGAUGCCGUUGGUUAGGAGGACGGACGUCUAUCCCGAAGUUUAG